AGUGCAGCCCCUCUGAGGCCAGCCCCCAGUCCUGAGAGAGGCUUCCCCCCUCACCAGGCUCUGUGUCUGGGAACGUCAGAGCACGGACCUCAGAUCUCCGCCAGAUAAGAACCGGAGAAACUUCUGGAGGGAUUUCUGGAAUUCCGUCAGCCUUGUUCUCGGAGGUGGUGUCAGGGUCAGAGUGGUGGAGCGCCAGACACAGCAGACCUGCUAGGGACGGCUGCACGCAGGACGGCUGGACAGAGAGCCUGAGGGUGGGCAGCAUGGGGAUCCUGGUUCUCACCUCUCUGCUUCUCCUGCUACACAGCCCUGCCUCUCUGCCAGUGACAGUGAGCACCAGUAAACCCAAGGUGGAAGUCCACGAGCACUCAGAUGCUGUGCUGGCCUGUGAGUUCAGGACUGAGAGCGAGCCCGCUCCUCGCAUCGAGUGGAAGAAGAAAGGAAAGGAUGUGUCCUUCGUUUACUUUGAGGGCAAAUUCAUAGACUCCUUUGCAGGCCGGGCUCAUAUAGACGGGGCAACAGUAACGCUGCACUCUGUUACCCAGAAGGACUCUGGGGUGUACCGAUGUGAGGUCAGUGCUCCGCUUGACAAGGUGAUCCUGGGGGAGGUCAACGUGUCUCUCAACGUGUUGGUGCCCCCACACACCCCCUUGUGUGAGGUGCCGGCCUCAGUGCUGGCGGGGCUGGGUGUGGAGCUCCACUGUAAGGACAAGCUGAGCGUGCCCCCCGCCACCUACCGCUGGUACAAGGACAACAAGGCCCUCACUGUCACCGCUGACUCAGGCUACAACCUGGACUCUGGCAAGGGCACGCUGAAGUUUAAGAGUGUGUCGAGGGCCGACUCGGGCCUGUACCGCUGUGAGUCCUUCAACAGCGUGGGGGCGCCCAAGAGCUGUGUGGCCCAGCACCUGAAGGUCAUCGACUAUCAGCUGAGCUUGACGACGCUGGUUGCCGGGGCGGUGGGCCUCUUCCUCCUCGUCUUCAUGUGCUGUCUGGGGGUGUGUCUCUGCCAUCGCAGGGGCUGCUGCAGGAAUGAGAAGAAGGUGCGAAGGUGCUUCCAUGAAUAA